UUAUUCACCCUCUCUCUCCUUCCCUCUCUUUCUUUUCUCUCUCUAGGCUGUUCUUUACAGUGGUAAGUAGCUAGAAGCACCCCAAACUGAUCAACUCCGUCUCCACCUGAAUAUCCGCCGCCGAAGGACACCCCAACUCGCCGAUUCCGGUUGAAAUUCCGGCAAUUCUUAUCGCCGGCGUUUCCAAAAUGGGUUCGCCGGGAGAGGACGAUGUCGUAUUGGUCCAGAAAGGGAAGAAACAAGGUGAGCCUCACGUAAUCACCGUCAAUUGUACCGAUAAGACCGGUCUUGGCUGCGAUAUCUGUCGAAUUAUUCUCGAGUUUGGACUCUACAUUACCAAAGCAGAUGUUUGCACUGAUGGGAUAUGGUGCUACAUAGUAUUAUGGGUAGUUCCUCACUACGGCACACUUAUUGUGAGGUGGUCAAAUCUAAAAAAUCGCCUUCUAUCAGUAUGUCCCUCUUCUUCGGUGUCAUUUUACUUAAACCAGCCAGCUCCGCGACCCACAUCUUCUCCAGUUUACUUGCUGACAUUUUAUCGCCUUGAUCGAAUAGGAUUGUUGCAUGAUGUUACUCAAGUUCUCUGUGAGCUUGAGCUUACAAUCCAAAGAGUAAAAGUGACGACGACACCAGAUGACAGAGUCUUGGACCUCUUCUUUGUAACAGAUAACUUGGAGCUCCUACACACAAAAAAGAGACAAGACGAGACAUGUGAACAAUUGCAUUCUGUUCUAGGGGAAUCAUGCAUUAGUUGCGAACUUCAGUUGGCAGGUCCACAGUAUGAUAGUCAUCAGGGUGCCUCUUCUCUUCCUCCGGUUGUUGCUGAAGAACUAUUUAGAUGUGAACUAUCAGACAAGGAAACUUGUUCGCAGGCUCUUAGCCCGGAUCUUGUAAAAUUGAAGGCGGCCAGUGUAACACCAGACAAUAAAUUGAGCCCAGCUCUUACAUUGCUUCAGAUACAAUGUGUUGAUCACAAGGGCCUCCUUUAUGACAUUAUGCGAACAUUGAAAGACUAUAAUCUUCAGAUAGCUUAUGGUCGAUUCACUCCAAUUACCAAGGGUCAUCGUGAAUUAGACCUGUUUAUCCGGCAAAAGGAUGGUAAGAAGAUUGUUGAUCUUGAGAAACAAAGUGCAUUAUGUUCUCGCUUGAAAGUGGAAAUGCUCCAUCCAUUACGUGUUGUCAUUGUGAACCGUGGUCCAGAUACUGAACUCCUGGUCUCUAAUCCAGUGGAACUGUCUGGAAAGGGACGACCACGGGUUUUCUUUGAUGUCACGCUUGCCCUAAAAACUCUUGGGAUCUGCAUUUUCUCGGCUGAGAUCGGAAGGCAUUCAACAUCAGAUCGUGAAUGGGAGGUCUACAGAUUCCUUUUAGAUGAGAAGUGUAAAUUUCAAUUGUCAGAUGUGGCUGUUAGAAACCAGAUUGCAGACAGGGUUAGAAGAGCAUUGAUGGGCUGGUGAGUUGGUCCCUUUGGUUCAGUACUUAUUUUCACCUUCACAUGCCCCUCUCUUGCGUGCCCUGUUUUUUGGGCUCUAAAUAUUAAUGACUUGUACAUAGAGUGAUUAACCUCCACCAUGUUUAAAUGUCAGUGGUUUGUAUUCUUUAGUCAUUUAAAUAAUACUAAUUCUUUUAGCAUAUUUCCCCUUUCAAGUGUCAAACUUGUGUUUCCUGUAUAGAAAGAUGGAGACUUUGUUAUUCUCUAGUACAAGUGAGGAGAUAGUUUGGCUCUUGAUUUUAGUUGGUUUGAUGUAAUAUUGGUGGCUUCCAAAUUGCUACCCCGCCAAACCAUGUGUAACUGGUGUUUGUGUUAAUUUUGUUCAUUUUUUGCCUGGUUCUUA